AUGUACGAUAAUAAGCCUCCAUUGGCGACCGACAUCAUGGAGCGACCCGCGAAACGCCAACGACUCUCUUUGCCACCGGACAUACCAGAGGAAGAGGAAGUGACAGAAGAGUGGGACCUACAGGCAGCGCGCGCCCAAAAUGACAUGCGACUGAAAUCAAUCUUUGAGGGAAUAUUUUCCAAAUACGGCAAGGACUUUACGGAAAUAGGCGAUGAGAUUGAUCUAGAAACUGGGAAGAUUGUGGUCGAUAAUGGCCACCUAUCGAGCAUGCACGAAGGGGGCGACAAUGGAGACGAAGGCGCGCAGACGUGGCUCUACGAGAAUGAUUUGUCACAGGAGGGGGAUACAGACGGGGAUGAGAUAGACGAGGGCCAAGAAUCGCCUAGGGGAAGUUAUUCCCAAGGUGAACCAUUAGGCACUAGCGGAGCCGAUCCGGAGCCCGCCAAACCUUCAUGGACUGCAACAACGCAUCAUCAGCGUCAUCAUCAUCAGUCUGGCGAUGACAUAGUCAACAAUUCUGUUGUUCAAUCUUCACAGGCUCCAGACCCAUUCGAUAAUGACCGGCCAGCAGACCCUGUUUGGCAAGCGCCCGAGUUGCCCACUCUCUUCUCCACGCCCACGGCCGAAACAAGGCGGAAAGGGGUCCCGAAACUUCCACAUCUCGAAAGGGAAGCAUCUCCACCAGGUUCUGGAUCAUUAUGGAGUGUGCCUAGACGAGGGCGCCCACGUACAGAAGUUAAACCCAAAUCAACGCCGAGCGAAAGCCGGCUCCGGGCGAAACGAAAGUAUCAUUCCAGCCCUGUGGCGCACGACUGGUCAUUUGCAGCCACGCCAGAUGGAGAUGAAUCAGACGACCCGCUUCAGGAAUUCCAACCUUCGCCUUCCAUCUCGAAACAUGUGGCGAAGAAUAUUCGCGGGAAACACCUGCAGCAGCCAUCGUCUCGUACAGCUCGCCUACGUGCUCCCGAUGCACAACUCCCGCCUCGCCAAUCCCAGUCGGACCAAUCGGCUACUGCAGCUGAGCAGAAUAAUAAACUUCGAGGCCACGCGAAACAAGAUUUGGAAAACCAUGUGGCAUUUGACGCCUCUGAUUUACCAUACGAUUCAAAUGCACAUUCUCAUUCCCACGUUUUCUCUACCACGCCAUCGGAGACACCUGUCAACAAAUCAAAUCGAGGUCUGACGCCUGACGAUGCCAAGCUAAUCGUUCGCAUGAGGCACGUCCAAAAAAGAAAAUGGAAUCAGAUUCACGCCUGUUUACCACAUCGAACACAGCCUCAGAUUUAUCAAUGGAAUCUAUUUCAUUGGACAGAACGCCGCGCAAAUCCCCCUCCACUCUCUGCUUCUUGGACCCAAUCCGAGCUUGAAACUUUGGAAUGUCUCAAAGAGGAGCCCGGUCUCACAUGGCUGGAUAUUACGAGUAAAAUGCCAACUCGCACCAAAACGGAAAUUGAGUUUGAGUUGCUCCGGCUCUGGGUUGGAGAUGAGGUAUGGCAUGGCCAUGUGGGCCGAGCGCAUGACCAGGAAUCUGAACAGAGACAAGAGGCCAAUAAGGAUGCGCAGGCAGUAGAUUAUCGAGAGCAGAUUGUUGCUUCCAUUGAGCGCUAUACCCCCGCGUCUUUUGAGACAUUUUCCAGGGAGGCUUCUGAGGCCGACACUAUUCUCGCAAACAAAGGUCCAAUGGUAUUUGACCUACUAGAUGACGAUGACGACACAACCGACAACAUCAGAAAAUCACCAUCGCCCUCCAAGCUAUCUGUCUCCUCUAUUGAGAGCAAUCCAGGAGCUGGGAUAUUUUCCCGCAGAGCCUUUGAUACUGACCCUACUGUCGAAAGCAAAGGUCCAAUUGUAUUCGAGGACCUCCUUGACGAUGAUGACGAAGAUGACAAUAUGGGCAGCAUGAGUCAUGUAUCAUCGCCUUCCAAGCUGUCUGCCAUCUACUUUGAUAGUCCAGCAGCCAGCAGACAAGGAUCAAGAACGCCGAACAGAGCGUCCCCCAUCAAGCGUUUGGAUUUCAAAAGGCUGCCCUGA